AUGAUCCUUGAAGCAAUUGUUUUCAUACUGGUAUCUUUCAGGAAAGCAAACCCUGCAAUGGCUGGUCAGUACAUCAAGACUUCUACUAGGGGUGAGAAUGCCAGAAUUGAGUAUGCCACAUCAUGUAUGCAAGGACCUCGCGAUGAAAUGCAAGAUUAUUACACAGCUAUCCUAGAUCUAGAUGGUUCGGGUUCCACAUCAUUCUUUGGUGUUUUUGAUGGCCAUGGAGGACAUAGGGUGGCAUUGUAUUGUUCGAGGAAAUUUCAUACUGAGCUUGUCAAAGUUCCAGACUAUCAAAACAACCUGCAUACCGCAUUGGAGCAUGUGUGCUUCAGAAUUGAUCAGGCGUUGAAAAGGUCAGAUGAAUGGAAGAAUCCUGAUGCUCCUCCUGCUCCUGCUCCUGGUAAUGGAAGUUUCCGAAGCCGUCUCCAGACUAGUCUUUGUUCCUGUUUCGGCAAGAAAUAUGAAGGGCCCCAAAUCGAAGGAAGCACAGCAUGCGUGGCUCUCAUUCGAGGCAACCAGAUAAUUGUUGGAAAUGUUGGUGAUUCCCGUUGUGUACUCUCAAGGAAUGGUCAGGCAAUUGAUUUAUCCACCGAUCACAAGCCAAAUGAACCAGGUGAAAGAGCCAGAAUUGAAGCUGCAGGAGGAUCAGUAGUCCAGAGGCAAGUCCUUGUACAUGAUGCAUCAGGACGAAUGAGGAUUGAACUAGGCCCAUAUCGCGUCGAUGGAAUAAUAGCCGUAUCCAGAGCGCUUGGUGAUUUUCAGUUCAAGAAGAACAAUAGAUUGAAGUUGAUAUGUAAUCCUGACAUUCACACUGAGGACAUAACUGAUGAUAUUGAUUUUCUUCUCAUAGCAAGCAAUGGUAUCUGGUAAGUCCUGAGCUAAAAAUAACACAAGAAGAUGUUUA